AACGCCUAAUAGACCGCCUGGGGGCGGGUCCGUGGGGCAAACCGAAGCCCUGAGUCGCGCUUUACAAUGGGCGGGGCCUCUGCUGGGCGUGGCUUUGGGCGGAGCCCGGACGCUCCGCCCCGAGUCCCCCAGCGACUGCUCGCGAGCGCUAUGGCGGCGGAUCAGCGUGGGAAGGCCGCGACUCUGGCCCUGAGGCGGCGGCUGCUCAGCUGCAGCCGGGCGCCUGGGAAGACCUCGCCCAGUGGUGGCCCGCUCUCCGGACCUGGGGCCGGCCAGACAGUGACCCAGGAAGGGACUGAAAGUCCAGACGAAAGUUCCUGCAGACUCUUUUUUCCUGAGGAUCCUAUUAAGAUUGUCCGGGGCCAAGGGCAGUACAUGUAUGAUGAACAGGGGGCAGAAUACAUCGAUUGCAUCAACAAUGUGGCUCACGUUGGGCACUGCCACCCUCUCGUGGUCCAAGCAGCACACGAACAGAACCAGUUGCUCAACACCAACAGCCGAUACCUGCACGACAACAUUGUGGAUUACGCACAGAGGCUGUCAAAGACCCUGCCAGAGAAGCUCUGUGUGUUUUAUUUCCUGAAUUCUGGGUCAGAAGCCAAUGACCUGGCCCUGAGGCUGGCACGCCAGUACACGGGACACUGGGAUGUGGUGGUAUUAGAUCAUGCUUAUCACGGUCAUCUGAGCUCCCUGAUCGACAUCAGCCCCUACAAGUUCCGGGACCUGGAUGGCCAGAAGGAGUGGGUCCACGUGGCACCUCUUCCAGAUACCUACCGGGGCCCCUACCGGGAAGACCACCCCAAUCCAGCUGUGGCCUACGCCAGUGAGGUGAAACGUGUGGUCAGCAGCGCACAGGAGAAGGGCAGGAAGAUUGCAGCAUUCUUUGCUGAAUCCCUGCCCAGUGUGGGAGGGCAGAUCAUUCCCCCUGCUGGCUACUUCCCAGAAGUGGCAGGGCACAUCCGCAGGGCCGGAGGGGUCUUUGUUGCAGACGAGAUUCAAGUGGGCUUUGGCCGAGUAGGCAAGCACUUCUGGGCCUUCCAGCUGCAGGGGGAAGACUUCGUCCCCGACAUUGUCACCAUGGGCAAGUCCAUAGGCAAUGGCCACCCUGUAGCCUGUGUGGCCACAACACAAGCUGUGGCCAGGGCAUUUGAAGCCACCGGCGUCGAGUACUUCAACACGUUUGGGGGCAGCCCAGUGUCCUGUGCUGUGGGGCUGGCCGUCCUGGAUGUCUUGGAGAAGGAGCAACUGCAGGCUCACGCAGCCUGUGUGGGCAGCUUCCUGAUGGAGCUCCUCGGACAGCAGAAAGCCAAACAUCCCAUUCUUGGGGACGUCAGGGGUGUUGGGCUCUUCAUUGGUGUGGAUCUGAUAAAAGAUGAGGCCACAAGAAUGCCAGCAACCGAAGAGGCUGACUACGUGGUGUCCAGGCUUAAGGAAAACUACAUUUUGUUGAGCACCGACGGGCCUGGGAGGAAUGUCCUAAAGUUUAAGCCCCCGAUGUGUUUCAGCUUGGACAACGCACGACACGUGGUAGCAAAGCUAGAUGCCAUCCUGACAGACAUGGAAGAGAAAGUGAGAAGUUGUGAGACCCUGAGGCUCCACUCCUGAGGCAGCCCUGCUGAGGUGUCUUUCUCUAGGUUUCACAACUUUGCUGGGAGAGAAUCCCAUUUUCAAUGGCAAGUCAAGACAGGUGUUCCAGGGUGCUCCAGACUCCAACUGGCCUGGGCCAGCAUCCCCACUGAAGGUGGUAACCCUCACUGUACUGUCUUCACCUCUUUGAACAACUGCCUCAAACUUCUGCCACUCCACUUUCUUUAAAGCUACCCAAGUCCUAAGCAGGGCCAAGUCAUUAAAGGAAACUAAUCGAAGAUGUA